CGUACUGAUUGCAAAAUAUUUAGCGUUUGGCUUUUGAGAGGAUGAUGACAGGAUGAUGGAUGGAUGUUGAUGUUUCCAUCCUGAGUUUUCGCAUAUGACAGUUUGAUCCCGAUUUCUGGUGAUAGUGGUGUUAAUUGUCUAAAGAGGCUCUUUUGGUCACCAUCUGUUGUCAGUAUCUAUCGACCAAAAUCAUGUGCAACUGUUUGAAUGCGCAGAUCAACUGUUGCUGCGGUCCCACCUCUUGUUCACUAUGUUUUCCCUGCUGCCCGCCAGUGAAGGAGUCGACGUCGACUCGGUUGAUGUAUGUACUCUUCCUGACGAUCAUCACCGUGGUGAUGUGCCUGAUGUUGGCUCCACAGAUACAGGACCUUAUGCUUCAGAACGUUCCUUACUUCAACGACACAUGUGUCUAUCUCGGUGCCGGUGGAGCCUGUGAGCUACUGACAGGCUACAUGGCCGUCUACAGACUCUGCUUUGCAUUUGUGGUGUUUCAUGUCAUAAUGUGCUUCUUGACAAUCUGUGUUAAGUCUGGUGAGGGAUGUCGAGGUGGUCUUCACAACGGGUAUUGGUUUGUAAAGUUCAUCAUCCUGGGUCUUUUCUGUGCAGCAGCCUUUUUUAUACCAAACAGAAAAGCGUUUAGCCAAAUCUGGUUGUACGUCGGGAUGGCAGGAGGUGCAAUAUUCAUCGCAAUACAGUUGAUCCUGCUGGUUGACUUUGCCUAUGUCUGGAAUGCCAGGUGGAAUCAUAAGGGGCGAAAAGGCAGUAAAUGUUGGUAUGCAUUGAUCUACAUUGUGGCAGUUAUCAUCUUUCUUGGGAGUGUUGCUGCUGCCAUUUUCCUGGCCUAUCACUUCACUACCUUGGACCGCUGUAUGGAGAAUAAGAUCUUUAUCGGAAUCAAUGUGCUCUCUUGUGCUGUCUUCUCCAUACUCUCCGUACUUCCAUGUAUUCUAGGAGAGAAUCCCAAUGCAGGAGCUCUUCCAUCAUCUAUAGUGUCUGCCUAUGUGAUGUAUCUGACCUGGUCAGCUAUGCAGAGUGAACCUCCUGUUCUAAUCCCCAUCGAGUACCCUGAAGAUAACCCUGUGGCCUUAAUGAAGCUGGGAGCUAUCAUACAGGAUCCUGUCACCCACAACUAUACAAAGAUAUUUUGUCGGCCGAAACCCAAACUGUUUGGAGGCAAGGCAGACAUGGUGUCUGCAUAUGUGGGUCUACUUGUAGUCGUCAUUACAGCUGUCUAUUGUUGUCUUCGAACCUCGCAACAAGCCUUCCGCCUUGGAGUUGCAAUUGGAGAGCCGAAUCCCAACCGGAGGCUCUGCAACUGUUGUGGCAAAAGGACCAAAAUAGCCAACUGUGGUGGCCAGAAAGUGAUAUACAAUGACACAGAGAAGGUCUCCUACAGCUAUCCUUUCUUCCAUGUGAUCAUGGCACUGGCGGCACUCCAUGUCAUGAUGCAACUUACAAAUUGGUUCAAGCCAGAAAAUAUCAACCUGGAGAAGUUUGGUUUCAGUUGGACGUCAGUUUGGGUAAAGAUGGCAUCGAGUUGGCUCUGCAUCUUCAUCUAUACGUGGACCCUGUUCAUCCCCCAGUGCUGUCCAGGCAGGGAUAUUGCCAAGUUAUACAGGGAGGAAACUGAAAGUCUCCAGGAUUCAACUGUUUAGCUACAUAAUCUCGUUAACGAUACCUCACCAUGUAGCAAUACAGGUUUGCGUAUUGAGAGCCUUGAGAGAAAUUUUCUGAACUUUCCAAACCUCAUGAAUGUUUUCAUUUGAAAGUAUUUUUGUGCCUAGUCUUCAAUAUUGUCCUUGUCUUGUGGAUUAUGGGAAGAUUUUAUUCUAGAAAGUGUUCAAGUAUCUGUCAGUAGUAUUAUCCACUGAGCUGUCUUAAGGAAAGGGUGGUGUGUUACUUUGUACCAACCAUAGUUGAAAUAGUUCUCCAUGGGGUGUUAUCUGAUUUUGAAGAUUUCGCUUCACAGUAUUUUCACAGUUUGGAAAAUGCAGCAUUUUUUAAGGCCUAAUUUUAAGGAUACGAUUCGCUACAUUUUUGGAACAAAAGAUGGCGAAAAAUGUUUUUGCAUUCACUCAGUUAUUGGUGCUAAGAAAAUAUUAGGACUUCCAAAAUUUGCGUCUUUUGAGGAUCGGGGGGGGGGGGGCAGGGUUAUGGAGAAUAGCUUGCAAGAUUCACAGGAGAGAUGUUGACAUCAGUGUGUGUGGUAUAUUGUUAAGACAUAUCGUACAUAUGGAGAUCUGUGGAACUUGGGACCAUAUUCACUGAAUAGUUGAACCAAUCACAGACAAGUAGCUUGAUUACCAAGGCCAAGCCGGAACAUGAGGUCAUGGCCAUUAGACGGCUUGGUAUCGCCAACCCAUCGUCUGUGUAAAUUGAACAUAUUGAAUGAUAUUAAACAAUCAUGUGCUCAAUAUCUAACAUAAAUUAAAUACUCAGAACCUGUCUUAGAUUGGUGAGACAAGAGUAUAUCCACUUUUGAGCAGAUCUUGCUCCCUGUUUGUAACCUUGGGUGACUCGUGUUGAGAAUAUGUGUGAUAACUUGAAUCAGAGAUUCGUGUAUUUUCGAUUUGGAAUAAAUCAGGGAAAGCACACAUGAAGUUCUAUGAUCGCACAUUAUUUUAAAGCAAACAAUGCACGCAGUUUUAACAAAAAUAUAAUCAUUUUACUUAAUGAUAUCGAUAAAGAGAUUUAGCAAUGUUUAUUAUAACUUUUAUGGGUGAAUAUAUCAGGGUUAUUAACUCUGUGUGUAAGGACAGUGAGAUAUUGUUCACCAUUUUCAUUGCAUCGAUAUCCAUCAUUUUGCUGGUCACAUAUGAAAUCUUUUUUCAUUUCAUUUAUUUCAUUACUGAAAGCAUUUUAUACUCAUGUAAAGGAGAUUCUAUUUUAGUGCUUUGUUAUGUUUUUAUAGUAUGUAUAUAAUUGUAAGAGUUAUUGAAUUUGUGUACGAAUUUUAUGAGAUGAAUCAUAAAUUAGACUCUAUGCAAGGUUUAAGCGAAGGCAUGCGAGUUUCAUGGACUGUUGUGAGAUGUAGAAUUUUGGAAUUGGUAUUUUUACAAACAAGAAUAGGUUAGAAUCUCUAAUCUAUCCUCACAGAAACCAAUCUUGCUUGCGAAAAUCACUUGAACAUAUUAAACCAGUCAGAUACCGUCGGGAUCCAACUACAUAUGUACAUUCAUCAUAUUACCAUGCAGUUCACAUACUUGUAUUAUGUCACCCACGAAAAUGUGUAUUUGAUGGACAUUUUGCUGCCCUUGCCAUUUUAGAGGAGUAGGGGCAAUAUUUGAGCUUGUUUGGCCUGGUGCAGUACUGCUCUCACAAUGAGCUGUACCUCUCUCACUCCCCUCAAUGAGCAGUGCUGGCAUAUUAGUUGUGAAUUGUUCCGUGAACAUACAUGUAGACGUCUGUUUAUAUUGUAUGUGUUUAUUUGGCAACGUGCUUCCUUGUGACCGGAGUAAGGUAGAGAAUGUAAAUUGUGCUAAUUUUGAUAUCAUUGGAAACUCUGUAAUAUUGUAAUCACUUUCAGUAUGUAACUUUUUUACUCUGUUCAUAAAACCCAUGUUAAGAGUGUGCAUUAGAUUAUGACUGCUCCAGAAGAGUUAAUUUUGUUACUUGAAUUGAAGAUUCAAUAAAUUUGUUCCGCCUCUGG